AUGUCGAAGCUUUUCAUUGGCGGCCUGGCAUGGCACACCGAAGAGGCCACUCUUCGCCAAAAGUUUGAGGAGUUUGGCGCUGUUGAGGAAGCGGUUGUUGUGAAGGACCGAGAUACCGGCCGCAGCCGUGGCUUUGGCUUCGUGCGAUACGUGCAAGAAGCUGAUGCCCAAGCUGCUAUUGACGCUAUGAACAAUGUCGAGUUUGACGGGCGAACCAUUCGUGUUGAUAAGGCAUCCGAUAAUGGCCCUCGAGGCGGAGGAGGAUUUGGCAAUCGUGGCAACGGCCAAUCUUACGGAGGCCGAGGUGGCUACGGAGCACCGGCAUACGGAGGAGCACCUGGCUAUGGCGCUCCAAACAUGUAUCAACAGGCUCCGUAUGGUCGUGGGUACCAACAGCAGCAGCCUCAAUAUGGCAUGCCUCCGCAAGGAUACGGUGUCCCAGCCCAGUAUCCCAACUACCAGAAUGGUCCUCAGCAGCCGCCGCAGCCUCCUCAGCAAGGAGGCGGAGCCUACUAA